AAAUAACUAAUUUAUAUUUCAGUGUAAACAUAAAAAGACAUUCCGCUAUGCGUAGAAUGUAACAUUUAUAACCUAAAACUUGAAAUACGUAAUUCAGGGUCAAACUUCAACAAAAAGCUAAAUUAUUUAAAUGACGCUGUCGUAGUUAAAUUAUCUUAGAAUUCGGGCGUCCCGAGCACGUAUGAAUAAUUCAUAAUUAUAUCUUAAGCUCUAGUGGUACUUUGUUAAGUUAAUAAAGAUGAUUUAUAGAAAUAUUUUAAAAACUUUCUCUCAAACGGGAAGCACAUAUCUGAAAAGAUAUAACGGUGUUGUUACUACGUUCGGGAACUACAGGAGCGUUAUUCCCUUAUCGACAACAAGGCUAGCUCUAAAAGACGAAAAGGUGAAAGUGGUAUUCAAACUCUACGACGGGCGGCGGUUGGAAGCGGAAGGCAAAGUUGGUGAUUCGCUUCUCGAUGUGGUCGUGAACAAUGAUCUUGACAUAGAUGGUUAUGGGGCCUGUGAGGGCACUGUCACCUGUUCCACAUGCCAUGUCGUACUGAAGCCUGAAGACUUUGACAGAUUACCCGAAGAAGCAGGGGACGAGGAGCGGGAUAUGCUUGACUUGGCAUAUGGCUUAAAAGACACCUCUCGCCUUGGCUGCCAGAUCACGCUAACCAAAGACAUGGACGGCCUCGAGGUGUUAGUGCCAGAGAGUGUCAACGAUGCCAGAAGUUGAUGUUAUGUCUAGUCUUUUAUUUUAGUUAGAUAAUAUAGUCAGAUUUACACGCCAAACACCAUAGGGUAUUAUGAGAUUUUGGUAUUCAAACAUGCUAUUAAAUUUUGACUUUGGGAAAGUUCGCCGAUGGGAAUUUUACCGGAAAAUUGUCACAUUCUGGAAGGUUUACCGAUAAACAUUUAAAAUACUGAAAUGUUUACCGCCAAAAACUAACAGACUGGAAUGAUUACUGAAAACUUCAACUUCUGGAAAAUUUACCGACAAAACUUCACAGUCUGGAAUGUUUACCGACAACAUUGCACCGACAGAAAUGUUUACCGACAGCAUUUCCCAGACUGCAAUGUUUACGGACAUUUCACCGAAAUGUUUACCGACAGUUGACUAUCAUAAAAGAAAUCAAAUAAUAUAUAAACUCAAUUCUCUAUUUUUGUCUAAAUAGGAAACAGAGUGAGAUAGGCUGGCAAACUUUCAACGAAUACCUUGCGUACAUGUGGCAUCAGGUCGAAUGCAAUUUAUUCAUCUAACAAUUAAAAGGUUUUCACCAGUACUUUUAAAUGUGUAUUUAAACUACAAGAUACAAGAAGUUUUUUGUCUUCUGAUUAUGGAAUUGAUGGCGAAACUAAAUGAUAUUGGCUGUGUUGUUAAUAAGAAAUAAUGGAAAAUGACUAUAUCUAUAAGAUUUUUUUUUUUGAAAAGUUCUUUAUUUUGUCAAAUGUGAAUGUAAUAAAUGUUAAACAACCUUAUAUAAACGUGCUGCUUCCGAAGGCAAGCACACUAUUCACACUUAUUCAAAUAAAUCAUACUAUACUUAUAAGUUUCUAACUUGUACUGUCAAUAGGAAAUUAUUGAUAGUGCAAGUUAUACAUAUAUGAAUUAGAUUAUUUUUGACGUAUACACACACAUAAUAUAUAUAUUUUUUCUUAUAUAAUUAAUCUAUUGUAUAGUAUUUUAUGUGAGCCUUGUGGCCUGAGGCAAGCAAAUAAAAUAAAUGAGCUACUAAGGCACGGAAAUCUUUUUAGUCCGUGAACUUUCCGUCACGUCGGAGAAUUUACAGGACUCAAGGAGCCUACGAUUAGAGACUGUCCAACUCAAAAAUUGUGUCAGGUUGUUUGUGAAUAUCGUAAGGACUCUAUCAUCGUUAUUGUCACCAAAAUAAACCAGUGUGUUUUAAUACAUGAUUCGCAUCACAUUUAAGGGGAUAAAACUAUUUUAAAAAUACUUUCAGCCUCGCAUAAUUUACAAGAAAAAAGUAUUUACGGACGCGGGGCAAAAUUGGCAACACAGUCUGUGUUGCCAGUUUUGCAAGCAAUUUUGCCUAAAAGCAGUUUAAAAAGAAGGCUUUGUAUUAUAUAUAUAUAAGCGAAGGCUAAUGUAUUGUUGAAAGCAUUACGACUUCCUGGAAUCCAUAGAAUGUUAUAUUUUUGGUUGAUAUAUUUACUUAUGUAUAUUUUGUGACUUUGUUUUUUUUUACCUCAUUCGAUGUAGUUUUAAUGUAACGUUUUUAUUGUUAGAUGAACGGAAUAAGGCCGUGAAUAUUUCUAUUUACUUUCGCACAAUUUUAAAUUUUUAGUAGUAAUUUUUCCAUCGUACCUCCGAUAAUUGAACUUUUAUUUUAACUAUAUUCUUGACUAUAGUUUAACUAUUAUUUCUGCGAUAUUUUAAGGUUUUGGAAUCUAAAGUUCUUCUUUAGUGCAUUCUAAUGGUAAUACCUGGAGCCACUUGUAAUGUCAUACUGACAGCUAGAUGCUGUUGACAUAACAUACAGAUAAAAAUUUUGUAUCUACAGUGAACGUUAAUAAACCACUGUGGCAAAGUACAUUGUGCUGUUUUGGCACUACGAAAAGCCAUAAAUCAAAAGAAGAAGAAGAAGAAUAAACCACUGGCAGCUUAAAUCUUGUCCACAUUUGAAAAGUCAUAUUUGACAUACGUAGUACUCUGGGACGAAUAUAAGUGUUUUUAGUAAUUUAAAUUUUAGUUCCUCAAACACUCGUAUCGCUUCACAACUUACAGCGCCAAAAUAGCGUUAAUCAAAUGUAGACCAAGCUAUGUGACAGCCAUAGAGGUAAAUGUGUAAUUACAAGUUACCUAGAGUUAAAAGAUAAUGUUUACAGGUCUUGCAGCGGGUGACAAAUUUGAGAUGAGAGAAUAUUUUUGAAAGCUAAUAAAUAUAAAUGGAUAUGACAUAUUAUUACCUUCAUACGUAGUUUAAGGCUAAGAUUUUAUAAUACGUUACGUGAUUUGUAUUCUAUUGAAUUUAUUACAAUAAAUUAUUAUAUGAACA